GGGCAGGGCCCGGCGGCGCGUGGGGUCGGGUCCGGCGGCGUUCGCGGUGCGGCCAUGGCGGACUCUACGCAGAAUGGGCCCAUGCAAGGCGGAGCCGGCGGCGGAGCCGUGCAAUUUCUGAUGGCUAACAAGUUGGACACAGCAAUGUGGAUUUCCCGCUUGUUCACAGUUUACUGCUCUGCUUUAUUUGUCCUGCCUCUUCUAGGGUUGCAUGAAGCAGCCAGCUUCUAUCAGCGUGCCUUGCUGGCAAAUGCUCUCACUAGUGCUCUCCGACUACACCAAAGGCUACCACACUUCCAGCUUAGCAGGGCUUUUCUGGCCCAGGCUUUGCUGGAGGACAGCUGCCACUACCUGCUGUACUCUCUUAUCUUUGUGAAUUCCUACCCUGUCACAAUGAGUAUUUUCCCAGUUCUGCUGUUCUCUUUGCUUCAUGCUGCCACAUACACAAAGAAGGUUCUUGAUGCACGAGGCUCAAAUAGCCUGCCCUUUCUGAGAAACCUUCUGGAGAAGCUGAAUGCUAAUCAACAGAACAUUCUAAAAUUCAUUGCUUGCAAUGAAAUUUUUCUGAUGCCAGCCACAGUUUUUAUGCUCUUCAGUGGUCAAGGGAGUCUGCUCCAGCCAUUUAUUUACUAUAGGUUUCUAACAUUACGCUACUCUUCUCGGCGAAACCCGUACUGCCGGACUCUCUUCACUGAGUUGAGAAUUGUUGUUGAACAUUUAAUAAUGAAGCCCUCAUGCCCUGUUUUUGUAAGAAGACUAUGUCUCAGCAGCAUUUCCUUUAUAAGCAGAUUGGCACCAACUGCUGCAUAGCCAAAUUUCAGACACGCGUCUAUUGUGAACAUUAUGAGCAGCUGGCACUUCUGCUGAUGAUUAAAUUUCUGGUUUUACACUGAUCUCACUCCAGGCUGUAUAAAAAUGUGUCUUUGCUUUUCUUGGAGAUAAUAUGAAAUUUAGCAUAUCAAAAGCAAGUCAUGGAAACUUUAAAAUUACUGUGCUAUAUUGGUAAUUGGUGGAAAGAAAGUAGCUGCAUUCUAACCUAAACGUUCCCAGUCUUGCAGAAUUGUUUUUUAGAAAUCAUUAGUUGUUGGAUGCUGAUUAAAACUCUUUAGGAAGCCUGUGCAUAAUAGGUUUAUACUAGCUGGAACCACUGCUAUGGUAGGAUGUCUCUAGCAGGUAGCAUUGGUACAUACGCCUAGGCCGUACAUGUUGGACAGUAUUCUUCUGCUUACUAAAUAUAUGUAGAAUUAUUGUCCAAAUUAUUUUAUUCAGUGGAAAAUAUUGCCCACGUUUAAUUUAACAAAAUUCAAAGGCCAUCAAGCUGGUAUAGUUAACGCUUUUUCAGAAGGGGAGCCUAUUUCUGCUAAUGUCAUUUAAAGAUAAGGUAAAAGCUCAGAAGAGUUAUGAUGUAGCCUUCCGUUAGGUUGCUGGGAGAAAUCUCAAGGCUCUGACCAUGGAGAAUUCAGUUGUCUUGUCAGAACAAGAUGUUUUACCAAGCCAAAUUGCUGACCUGGAGGCUUUUCAGACAAAGAUGCAAUGCUUAAACUUUUAACCAUCUCUUAAGUGAACUAAUCAAUGUAAAUGUUGUAACUUUUGGAGAAUCAUUGCGGAUGUGUUCUUGUGUCUACACAAAUGUGAGACUGCAGUAAUUCAAGCAUGUCUGCUUUUUAGAAGAUUAAUCUGUAGCUAGCUCUAUAUAAAUUGUUAUUCCAGUUUCUGAGACUCUCAUUGUAAUGGCAAAUUUGCAUAAAGGAUUGCACCUGUUCAGGCAGCUAUUGAAACAAAUUGCUGUAGGAUUUUUUGGCAUAAAUCCAUCUUAUGACUGAUCUGAAGGCAGUAUCAUGACUACAGAAGUGAAUAUUAAAUUGAGUGCUGAUUAUGCAUUCAUCCAGCAGCUGAAAGGUAGGUCAUGGAAAAAGAGUAUUAUCUGCCCAAAUAUAAUGUCUUUCCAUAAGUUCAAGGCAAAGUACUUGCCUAAUCUUCUGGAGCUAAUGUUAAUAUUCUAAAUGCAUAAAAUUAAAUGGGAUAAUUGGCCUUUUGUGAAAGUCCUAAGGUACUGUGCUCUUCUUCCUUGGUCAGAGAAACGUGAAACACUUCUGAAAACAGUCUCAGAGCAAAGUAUGUAACUACUGACUUAUCUUGUUUGCAAUGUGGAUGUAAUUUGGCCUUUUUCAGUUGUUUUAGCUUGUUGUUUUAGAGCCGUAUAUUUACACACUUAAUUUUUUGCUCAACCUCUUGGUACUGAUGAAGACCUGUUUUUGGUAAUCGAAUAUGAUACUCUUUGACUUUGCAUCUUGCUUUCUGAACAUGAUUAGUUAUUUAUAGAACACUUGCAUACUGCAUAAGCAACUGCAUGCAGUACUGCUCUACAGCUGCUAAGACUUGCAACAAGGUUCACUAUGUGUAUAUCCUGUAACUUGAGGAUUUUAUAAAACCUAACAUUUCUACUGCAAUAAAAGGAGUGUUAAAUGUAAUUUGCUAGGCUCUUCAAGCUUAUUUUCUUUUUAACAGAAUGUGCUGAUAGUUGAACCUGGAAGUUGAGCAGAAUGCAGUCUUGUGCUUGUAUGUGUGCACACUUGCCACUGCAGCUAUUGAAAUGGGACAGCUCAGUAUCUUGUGCAUCUCUAAGUCACAUUACAGAAAUUUUUGCCUUCUACAAUGCAAAAAUUUAUUGCUCUUUCCUUCAAAACUUAACCCAAGAGUAGGCUCUGCAGCAAUGAUCUCAGAGGAGAAAUCUAGACCUACUUCUUACCAUUUCAACUCUUCAGCACUGUUCUAGACCUUCUCAUAAUCUGUAUGUUUUUGACUGGUGACAUCAGGCUCUGUUCAGCUCUUUGCUUUUGAAUUGGUCAUCUAAGUUCAUCCCCCAUCCUGGGAAUGGAAAUCAAAUAAAUGCUUUGGUAGUUAGUAUAAGGACAAUAACAUGUUUCUUCUGAGCAAGUUCUUCUGGUCUAAGACAGCUGUUGUGAGUGUUGUCUACUGUGCUUUAACUAUAUGCUGUUAUUAAAUUUGGGUGUGAGUUGGAACUGAUAUAUUGCAGCUGUAGCUGAAGGAUGCUAAGUCUGAGACCCAGCUCCGUGAAUGGGGAAGGAUGAUUAAGAGGAAUAAGUGAAUGAGAUUACAGUGCAAGUCUAAAUGUGGAUGUGAAACUUGAGCGUUUUUUCUGAUAAGUGGUAUUAAAAAUGGGUUGCAGAGAAAUGUUUUGUCAUAAAAGGGGCUUGAUUUGGCUAGUGCUAUGCUCUUGGCUUUGUCAAGAGCUGUCUGACAAAACUGAGGCCUGGAUUUUGCUUGUGGCCUGGUAAAACUUAGAGGAGUGCCUCAAAAGUAUGGAAUAAAGGGAUAAGAAUAAUUUCCAAGCAAAAUAAAUCAGGCAGCUCAUCUGUACUCCGUAUCAACUCUGUUUUUAUUUAUUGUAGCCUUAUGCUGCCUUCCUGGUAAAACCAAGCUUUCUCAAUGCUAACAAAAAACAUUCUGCUCAUGUGCCUACUUCCUUAAUAACUGUUACUCCUUACAUUACUUUGCUGUCGACAGCUCUCUAUAACAGAAGUCUGAUAGCUGAGAAGUAUUGUAACUGGCUGUAAAAAUGUGAACCCCAAAUAUGAAGCAGAAGAGCUCUUGCCAUGGAGAAUGGUUGCCUACUAGAUAGCGUUAUUGUUCCCACUGGUAUAAAUCACACUGGUAAUUGUUUUUAUUGUCUAAACUUCCGUAAGUUAAAGUGCUGUUGGAUAGAUUUUUGGGUAGAUGCACCUCUUGCUGUGCACAAGUCUGCUGAAGAUGUGAUAUUCUAGCAUGACACUUAUCUGUUCUGUUCUCACCUGUAGAUAGAUAAAACAUCAGGACCAAUUGGAUCAGUUGGGAACAGCUAUUGCCAGUUGGGAUUUCUUACACAUGAAGUAAUCCAAUAAUGUGCAUCCAUCUUUUCCUUUAUUAUCUUUUAAUUUUCAUCUUUUCAUCAUCAUUUUUGUGCUGUCAGUUUUAUGUUUUCUUUCCUUCAUAACUGAAAUGCUAACUGUUCUAUGAUGGAUGUUCAAAGGGAGCAAUAUUGGUCAAUUUUUAAAGUUCUGUGUUAGUGAUUUUUUUUUUUUAAUUAUAAUAAUGAACUGCUUUGUUCUGAAACUUUCUGAGCUGUUAACUCUGUGAUAGUAGUGUCCAAAGAAAUAAUUUAGUUGGUUGCUUUGCACGGUCCAUACUGCACCUUUUUUAUCAUUAGGCUCCCAUAUUGCCAUGUUUGCUGUGCAGAUCUCUAAUUAAGCGAGUAUAGUUCUUGUCCAUUUUACAGAUAGGAAUUGAGGUGUGGGAGGAAAGGUACACCUCCUGAGGUGGUGUAAGAACUCUAGCAGAGCAAACAAUGGGAGGAAAAAACAAAAGUUGGCAUGGAGGGGCUGGUGAUUUGUUGCUAUACCAUGUAUGAUUUGGUCCUAUUUCCAAAAAGGACUGUAUCUUGCAGUGCUCAGAUUAAGGCUGGCAAAGACCAUAGAGUUAGAAGAGCAUGUUCUUUUAAAAUGUUGUCAAAAACUGCUUCCUACCUGCAAGAGCUAGGUAUGGCUCUGGUGUCUUUCUGUUGAGGAAAGAAAUAUGUGACAGUGAGAUCAUGAGCACUUUCUGUGCCAGAUUUUAAUAGGCUUUGUUGAUCUGUUGCAGUUGUCUAUAAUUGCUGCAUAUAUUUGUGGUUGAAGUAUACUGAAAUAGUGCAUCUCUGUAAUAGAACUCUUAAUGUGGUGUAAGUUUCUUAAAAAAAAUCACAGGAAAGUCAAUCCUUACAGAUUCUCAAGCUAUCCUUUAUUCCAAAGAUACGUUAUCAGUAUGGAUCAUGUAAUUGAAUUUAAUCUUAAACGUGGAUUCAAAAAUACCUUUUUAAUGAACUGUCAGCGUUACUUAUUAAACUUUUUGCAGAAGCCAGCCCUGUGAUAAUGGCAGAUAUUGCCCAGGUAAGGGAGUUUCAUUGCUCCGCUCCGUGCCAUCCAGAUGGUACAAAUUUCUCAAAUGAAUUGAGAAAUUCAUCUUUUACUUGCAUUGAAGGACUGAGGCACAAAAUGCUAAUGUAAGGCUCUGAGGGGAAAUACAGUUCUCCUGCAUAUUUGAGAAAAUGUGAAGCCCUUUCAAGAAAAUCUAAUAAACAUAAUAAUCACAGGCUGCUGACACUAAGGAAAAAGCACCUCAUUCGCUCUUUCUUUUAUGCAGCAAUUUACCGGUCCCUACUGAUUUUCAAAUUGGAUCACUGCAGUAAAUUAUCCAUGCCAGUACCUGUGAAAGAAAGCACUGGGAUCCAUAUUUGUUUAGUGCUGUGCUUAAAUCAGCAAGAAUGAUAAAUUUGAUGGUAUAAAAUUGGAAAUACCAAGGGCUUUUCUCAGUGAAUGAGCAAGUAACUCCAUUAGUAAUUUAUUGUGACCCUUCUCACUGUAUGUGCUUUGUAUGUCAAAUAUUUAUUUAUUUCAAAACCAAUUAAAUUGUUUUCUGUGUUGUUACAGCUAUGGUUCUGUUGAUGUAAUUGAAAUCAAAUUGCAUAUUUUUUUUUUUUCUGGAUGUAAAAUACUAUCAAUGUUACAUUGCAAAACGGCGCUUGUUUAUGUUUAGGUUUCAGAGUUUGUGUUCCUGACCAGAAUCUUUGUAUGCGGAAUGUCUUAAGUGUGUGCUGUUUUGGUUUGGGUUUGUUUUGUUUAGAAUAGUGCAGGGAAUACUGAGCUACUGCAGCUUCCUGUUUGCUUUUCUUGAUAAAAAUACUAAGCUGUGUAUUAGAACAAACAGCUGAUCCCUGUUUUUUCAGUCAUUGGAACCAUUCUGCUUUACACCUAGUGUUUGUAAUUUCAUCUGUGAAAACGUAACUAUGUGCUUAGUUUACUGCUGGAUUUCCAUGCAGAUCUUUAGUAGAGAAGGUUAACUGUAUCUGUUUUGGCAGUAGUCCUGUCCUCCUGUGAAUCUUCAGAUAGGUUACUUUGUGCGAUGUUAUCAUAGUCACAUAGCUACAUAAGAGCAACUGCUGAUCUGAAAAACUGGUCUUAGCUAGCACUUACUGCUUGGAAUUUAUAUCUGUGUAAUAUUUUCUUUUGUAAGAAGCAAGCAAAAUCAUGAACCAGUAUGGUUUAAAAAUGCGACCCUGCGUUAUCCUCCUCUCGUGGGCUUAGCUCAUCAGUGAUGGCAUAUUUAAGUGCUUCUGUUCAACCCCAGCUCAAAUGAUAUGGGCUUUAUUCUGUCACUGCUGGCUGCUACCACAGAGUUGCAGUCCUACAAAGCUUCUGGAGAAGCAAUAGCAUGAAUUAUAUUCUAAGGAGUCACAAAAGAUCUUAGACUUUAAAGAAAAUGGUUAAUGGGAGUUAAUUUCCCGUUACCUGGAGUUCCACAUGCUUGACUCACAUCUCGAGCAGUCCAGACUCCUGCCUAAGGGAGAAGAAAGCAGUUUCCUUGAGAAGGAGGAAGGAACAUGAUAUUUUAAUUUGCAGUGUGUACCCCUGUGAAUGUUCACCUAUGCACUUUGGCAAUGUGAAGAUGAAGAGUUUGUUGCAUGGAGGUGGUGCGUGAGCCAGCCAAGAUAUCUUACAGGAAAAUCAAGCUGAAAAUCAGAGAUGAAGGUGCAGGGCUAGAUUAUCAGCAAGUGUUAAUGUCAGCUGCACUUCUCCUGAAGGUAGAAACAGAAGGAGAAACAGAAAAGACUGGGGAGAAAAAAGAAAAUGGGAAAGAAUUCAGCUCCUAGCUAAUUGAGGUAUGGAAAUUCUAUGGUAUACUAUAACUUCCACAAACCCCAAUUUACCAUCCAUGAUUUUGUGAUGUCGGUAUCCUCUGGACAGCAUUUACAUUUUCUAGCUCUAAGUUACAACUACUUUAUUCUGUAUGAAAAUGACAUUGGAAUCUUUAGAUGCCGCUAUGCUGUACGAGAGCAGACAGGCUGGUCUUGGUCUACCUGGAGGGAAAAAUAAAGCUGCUGUGGGAUUAUGUGGUUUUGUCCAUAAUGUCUGAGACUCCUGUAGUGGAAAAGUAAAGAAAUAAAGCUUUACUAUGACGUGUA